AUGUCUGCUGAAAUCAACAACGUCAUGGUCCUUGGGGGCCGCGGAAACCUUGGGCCAUAUCUCAUUAGAGCACUUAUUAAAGUAGGCUUCAACGUUUCCGUUCUUAGCCGCACCUCAUCCAGCGUCACAGAUUCAACAUUCUUGGAUGCUACGGUUGUCAAGAGUGACUACACUUUCUCUUCCCUGGUCGAAGUUUUCAAUGGUCAAGAUGCUGUGAUUUCCACCCUUUCUACAGCCAACAUCGCAGAGCAGAAGAUCGUUAUUGAUGCUGUUGCAGCUGCAAAGGUCAAACGAUUUAUGCCAAGCGAGUUUGGGAGCGACACUUCUGUUGAAGGACUUGAGAAGAUGGCGCCUUUUCUCAAGGGGAAGCAGGAAGUUAUGGACUAUGUAAAGUCUAAAAAGGCAGAAGGGCUAUCCUGGACAGCCAUUUUCACUGGUCCUUGGAUUGACUGGAUGCUGAUUGAAGGAAAAGGAUUACUUUGCUUAGACAUCAAGACAAAGACUGGUGAGCUUGUCAACUCAGGCGAACCAAAAUUCACCACUACGAUCGCAUCACAAGUCGGCGAAGCGACAGCUGCUGCACUACUCCAUUCUGACAAGACCAAGAAUGAGUAUGUUCACGUCGCAUCUUACAAUACUACCCAGAACCAAGUCAUCGAGGCCCUCGAGAGAAUUUCAGGCACUAAGUUCAAGCUCGAGAACUUGGACAACAAGGACCUAUACGCUCGCGCGACUAAACACAUCGAAGAAGGCAAUUGGGGCAGAGGAUAUUACGAGCUGGCUACAGCGACGGUCUACAGCGAUGCGCCCGUUACAUACUUCCCUGAUAAGGCGGCCCAUUGGAUGAAAGUGCUUGGUCUGGUUCAAGAUGAGACCUUUGAUGAAAUGAUCACCCGUGUCUUAAAGACUGUUUGA